AUGAGGGGUGUCCAGGGACCAGCAAACUCUCAACCACCUUCUCUGGAAGAGACCCCCAGAAAAAUUCAGGCAGAAAGCCCUCGGAUAUCAGCCAUGAAUGAAUAUGAACAUUGGUCUACACUUGAUAUGAGUGCGUCGACUGAAUCCCCAGUUUUUGAAGAGGCUUCAAAACCCCCAUAUAUCGAUGCAGAUAUCCUGGCAGCUGCCCUCGGAAGCUGUGCAAAUAUUUGGGGUGGUGAUGAAAAUCCUCUUCCGCUAUAUGAAGCUCGGGAUAGGCAUGAAUUUCUGUCUAAAUCUUCUGAUAUGCAAGAAGAAGACCUAGAAGCUAACUCUCAUCAAAAUUUAUAUAGCGGGGAUGGUGAUAUUAUUUUUAAUAAUUCAUCGGAUCAUGAUAGAGGCCCUGAUCCCAAAAGUUCAAAUUCUUUAGACUGUAGCCCUGCUUUUUCCGGUGUUUCCCCGCGCUGUACGUAUUUAUUAGAUCCAUCCGAAGACUGGAGCACCACCAAACAUAGCACCAUCAACAAUCUGGUUACACCUGCUGAUACUUUCACAUACGAUCCCAUUUCCUUUGACCAAUACUCUAAUCAUGGCGAGGCUAAUGUUUCUUAUGACAAUUAUGCCGGCUUGCUUUCUCAUUCAGAGGCGAGUAAAGGGGCAGACUAUUUCGGCGCCGAGAUUGUCACACACGUUACCGUUGAAUCCCCUUUUAACGCGGAUGAAUAUCCAUCUGAUAAUGUAAAACUGCAGCCGGAAAAGGCUAUUGAUCAGAUUCGCCAAACAUCCAAAAAAAUUGUUCUUGAUGAUGGGGAUUUCUGGCCAUCUAACUCUCGUGAGCUUUGGUCAUCUGCAUCUUCUCUUGAAAAUAUAUCGCUAGAUGAUUAUGGUCCAUGGCAUUCUUUUCAACUUCAAGAGGUCAAAAGUGAGUGUGUAAAUGAGAUUUCACGACAAAAAUUUCCGGCUCCCCCGAAAUCCGCGCUCUCAUUAAAAGCGAAGAGGCCGAGCGUUAAAAUGAUAGACUGCUCCGCCAGUAACCCGAUUUCCCCGGUGCCAAUUCUGUUUCCUCCUAUGAUAAGGAUUCCCUCUCCACAUGUUGCAAGCAAAGAAAAGAGUCCACUUCUAUUUCCCAUAGAAUCAAAGCCAAAUAUUUUGCCUGUAAUCAAGUCCCAAUCACCUUCUAUUGUACAAAAGGGUCUAGACAUUCACGCCAAUGAGGUUGUGCGUAAAUUUUCGACUACUGAAGCGCCUUGCAAGCCAUCAUCAAGGCCUGCUCCUAAUGCGGAUGCUCAUUCAUUAGACCCACCUUGUUUGGAGGUCUCUUCGAAGGCUCCCCAUACGUUCCCGCUUCUUUCUGCUAAUAUUGCCCCAUUGCAGCCCGUUCGGCGAGGCGGUGCUCCCUCUCGCCAUUGUAGAUAA